UUGCCAGAAUGGGGUGGUCUAGUGGUGUGGCUGUUAUAGUUGCUGUUUGCUGUUUUACUUUAGUUUGUAAGGCACAUGGAUUUUGGGAUGAGCUGCCCAAUUUGGAAUGUGGAUCCACAAACUUAAAGAUUUCCUUUCCUUCAAAAGAUACUCAUUUUGUUCUGAGGGCUCUAGACCACAAAGGAAAGGCUCGUAUUCUCCGCAACAACUCAGCAUGUGGUGUUUGGGUGACCCAGCAACCAGGUAGUUCUGUUAAGGUUGGAGCAACUUAUGAUGGGUGCUAUGUAAAAGAAAUGAAUGGAGACCAUGUGAUGACUAUAAUCCUGGAAGAAGCUGUUAAUGGAAAAACUCAACACAAUAAAAAGGAUAUUAAGUGUCCCAUCAUGUCAGCUAUGGAUGCUCCUGCACCCAGCAUGUGUGCUGCUGUGGCAAGACAAGAUAGGCUGUCCUGUGCUCAACAAAGUGUGUCAAGGGAUGUCUGUGAAGGCCUUGGUUGCUGUUUUACUCCUGGUGAUUCUGCAAUGCCCUGCUACUUUGGAAAACCAUUGACUGCUCAAUGCACAGCUAACAGCAGUGUUACAGUAGCAAUUUCCACUGAGCUGACCACGCCAUCACUGAUCUUUGGUUCGGUUCAUGUUCUCAAUGUGAAUCAAACAUCUUGCCCUGGAUUGCAGACAAUGAAGAGCAACGCAUUCAUAGCUUUCAGCUUUCCACUGUCUUGUGGGUCCAUGAAUCGGGUACCUGGGAGCACAAUUCAAUAUGAGAACACAAUUGAGGCAACACGAGACAUAAGGACCUGGGGUGCAGCUUCUAUUACAAGGGACAGUACUAUGAGGGUCACUGUGCGCUGCACCUAUUCCAGAACAGGUGUUGCACCACUGCAAGUUCAGGUAUUCACUCUUCCACCACCUCUUCCAGUCUCCACUACUGGACCCCUUCUCCUGGAAAUGAGGAUUGCCCGAGACCAACAGUACUCUUCAUAUUAUGUUGCUGGUGACUACCCUGUAACGAGAGUGCUCCGAGAUCCAGUCUACUUGGAAGUCCGCAUUCUUCAAAGGACUGAUCCUAAUCUGGUUCUGAUCUUGAAUGACUGCUGGGCUAAUCCCUCUCCUGACGAGACACAACAGCCUCAGUGGCCCAUCUUUGUGAAAAGCUGCCCCUUUCCUGGCGACAACUACCUCACACAGCUUAUUCCUCUUGGCGCUUCAUCUCGGGCAAUUCCAUUCCCAACCCAUUACAACCACUUUUCAAUCAGCACCUUCACAUUUGUGGAUGGAAGAACCCAGCUUGCACUUAGAGGACUGGUGUAUUUUCACUGCAGUGCCUCGGUGUGUGUCCCAUCUGCAUCAGACUCCUGCAUGACUUCUUGUGUGCCCAGAAAGAGGAGAAUGAUUGAGAAGCUAAAUCCAGAAGAAGCUAUGAAGAUAAUCUCCUCUGAUGGACCAGUAAACUUCAUCGCUGCAAAACCUGAUUCCAUUAAAAUGGAAGAUAAUGACUCAAACUCUGGUUUGACACUGGCUGGAGGGGCAGCAACUGCAUCUGUAAUUCUGACUAUAACUGUUGUAACUAGCAUCUGGAUUUACCAUAGAAAAAAUGCUCCCAAAGCCUACACUGUAGAAACUUAA